AUGCAGCCUCUGUAUUGGCUGUUGUUUCUCGGAACCGCGGCGAUCACUUUUGCUCAAGACGAGGACAAUGGAGAGGCGAUAGCAAUCCUCGAGGAAAUCAACAAAAUGAACGAGCCGGCCGAAUAUGACACAUAUUACAUGGAAAAACGAGCACCAAUGGAUCGAUCCAGCAUGGUCAGAUUUGGAAAGCGUGCCCCAAUGGACAGAUCGUCGAUGGUCCGAUUCGGCAAGCGGGCGCCAAUGGAUCGAUCCAGUAUGGUUAGGUUCGGUAAACGAGCCCCGAUGGACCGAUCGUCGAUGGUGCGUUUCGGCAAGCGGGCACCAAUGGAUCGAUCCAGUAUGGUCAGAUUUGGCAAACGAGCUCCAAUGGACCGAUCGUCAAUGGUUCGAUUCGGCAAGAGGGCACCGAUGGAUCGAUCCAGUAUGGUUAGAUUCGGCAAACGAAGUUCCGAUGACAGCAUG